AUGAAAAAAUUUGAUGGCUUAUUGUUAGGGACACGAAGAGUAUUGUUGUUGGCACACACAAGUAAAUCAUGUAUGAUGGAAUCCAAUUUUAUCACGAAUGUAUCAUGUAUAGAAUCGGAUCGGAAGAAGUGUUCAUUUAAUAAGAAUUCUUUUUUUUCAUCAAGAUUUGUAAAUAUUAAUCAUGAUAAGAAUAUGGAAUCAACGUUGAUGAAUCAUCAUGAAAUGAAAAAUUCAUCUCAUACGGAUAUGAAUCUUAGCAUGGAAAGCUUCCAUGAAAAACCAAUUACACCUCAUGAUCGUGAAAAAGAGAAUCCCCUUGUAUUUCAUCAUGGAAAUUCUCUUCGGCAUUUAUCGGAUGAUGAAAAAGAAGCCAUUGUUUCAGAUAUGGCAACAAAUUGGAGAGACCACUUUCCAACCGUAUCCAGCUAUACAAGAAAGAUGAAUCAAUUAUAUGAUCUUUCUAAAGUGGAUGAGCUUGUAAAAGCACAGAGAAUUUUACUCAUUGAAGCUCGUCAUCUUAACGAAUACAAGUCAUGGAGGUAUUUUUCAAGAGCUCUCACAAUACUUUUGAUUGUUUCCAUCAUUUACCAGUAUUAUCGUAAAAUCACAUAUCAAAAUGCAUUAAUUGACAAGUAUUACUCACAGGAUCCAAAUGCCAUGAAGAAAGCAUUGGAGCAUCAAAAAUUCGAAAUCUCAGAUGAGGAAGCAGAGGAAAGACUACUGCUCAUGGACAAGAAGAAGGAAGAGCAAGCAACAGGUACUGCAAAUCUUAAACAACUGAAAGAUCGAUUUCACAAGUCACAACUCGGAGAAGCAAAAUUGUACAAUGUCGGAAUGGAUUAUUAUGCAGAGUUAGAGCGACAAGCAAAACUGGAAGCCCAAGUUCAAGAAAAGCGAGAGCGUGGAGAGAUACCAAAACCUUAUAUAUUCUACAGCAAUCGAUAG